AUGGAAUUAUACAGAGCAGGGGCUGACUACAUCGCGUGCCUGACAGACAAUACCACGGGACUGGCCGAUUCUGUUGUCCGGUUUGUAUACAACCUCCCUCAGAACUGGACAAAGGAGAUCUGCAGCGCUCACUGCUACGUCGAAGGCCAGGACUACGGGGGCUUCAGCGAUGACGGACACUGUCUGUGCGGCGCUGCUCUCGAGCCAAACUCUUCCACAGACUGUUUGCCAUUUUGCACGGAGCUGUUUCCCAGGCCAGUCUGUGGGGGGCCUUCCAUCGUUUCAGACGUUUUCCUGGCUCAACUGCCCAUUUCCUUAGCGGGGCCAAGGCCUCCUUCUAGCCUUUACCAAGCGGUGGCUUUCAGCGCCAGCGUCCCCCUUGCCAUCAGCACCCUCCAGUGGGACUUCGGGGACCAGACCAAGCUUUUCAACACCACAAAGGCAGCCGUCCUCCACAAGUACUCUUUGCCCGGGCGCUACAACGUCACCGCCACUGCCGCUGCAGGCAGUCAUUUUACCUCAGCACAGACAGAAAUUGAGGUGGUGGCCCCGCCAGCAAAGAUAGAGCUUCAGUGUCCCCCUUUAGUGAAGACGAAUGAAAGUUUGCAGCUGCAGAUAAGGAACCGAGGGGGGACUGGCCUGUCGGCCGUGUACAGCAUCAUGGCACAGGAUGGCGAGACUGAACGAGAGGUACACCCGAUGUGCCCCACGGACAGCGUGGUCUUCCCUGGGAACAGACACUGUUAUCAGCUGGUGGCGGAGAAAGCUGAAUGGCUGGAGGCCCAGCGACAUUGCCAGGAAUUUGGCAACGGAGACUUAGCCUUUGUCAGCAGCCCGGAAAUCCAGAGUUUCUUGGUGUCCCAGGUCACCAGGAGCUUGGACGUCUGGAUCGGGUUCAAUGAUUUGGCGCGCCCUGGCGACCCGCGGCAGCGAGAAGGCUUCGAUCUGCAGAGCUGCCAGAACUGGCUCCCCGGAGAGCCGCACCCAUCCAACGCUGACCACUGCGUCCGGAUGGGCCCCACCGGCCAGUGCAACACGGACCUCUGCAUGGCAAAACACAGCUACGUCUGCGAGUACAAGCCGCAGGAGAUACUUCUGAACACGGAGUACUUCUUCCUGGGUGCCCUCGCCUUUGAUGUACACGCAGCGGUGAGCAACGUCACAGAAAAAUACCAUCUGUCGGCCCCAUCCGGACUAGUGGAGGUGAGGAACAUCUCUGGCCCUCUCCUCUCUGCGAACCCUCCCAGGGGGUCCCAGCAGCUCUGUGCAAUGUAG